AUGCCAAGAAAGGGGGCCACAAAACCCAAACGUAAAACCGAAGCUUCGAUAUAUAAAGCCAAUGACGGUAGCGAGCAUACGCCGUCUAAAGAGGCAGUGGAAGUUUCUGUUCGUCACGGGAAAAAUCCCGAACCUGUAGGCAAACUAGGAAAAUCGGAUGAUUCGGAAUUUACCGAAGAGAUCGAUUAUAGACCUAAAAAGAGAGUUCGUAGAAAAUAUCCAGUGCGUAGCACAACUAUCGAGCACGAACAUAAUUAUUCGGAGAAAUUGUAUUAUGAAAAGUUUAAUAGUGCAUUUAAUGAUCGUGUCGAAGUGACGACAUCCGAAAAGCGGCCAUCUAAAAAAGUAUCAUCAGAUUCAUCAUCCCGUCGAAGAUUUCCGAAGAGGAAGUCGUCGAAUAAGAAUAUCGAUUAUUCG